AUGGCGGCCCUAGCUGAGGUCCCAUGGCUGGACGAUGAUGUGCGACCACCACCCCCUGAUGCAGAUGAUAGGGAGGUUACUAUCCCCUGGGGUGGUUGGGUGUAUGAAAGACCACCUGCUAGACGCCGUUCUCGGGCUAGAGCUAUCGUCGGGACACCUUCACCAUCAGCCCCUACAGCUGGCCCAUCAUCCUCUACAGCCGCAGCUCCCUCAUCAUCUACAGAUCCUCCAGCAGCCCCUGAGCCGACUUAUCUCCUGGUCCAGCGUCUUUUUCGGUUUUUAGAGCGCGAGAGACGCCAUGAUCAUCAGGAGGAGGAUGCGGAGGCACUGGUUCAGCAGGAUGCCCCUGACUCUACAGAGCCACCACAGACUCAUGAGGAGCCGGUCCCACAGCCACAGUCAGAGCCAGCACCUAUUGUUGUACCUCCCACUGAUCCUCCAGUUUAG